AUGAAGGAGCUUCUGAAGCACGAGGUUCAUUCAGUGAUCAUCACCUCAGGUACCUUGUCACCCAUCAGCAGCACAGCAGAAGCCUUCGGCGUCCCUUUUCCGGUGGUGUUGGAGAACCGCCACGUCAUCAACCCACGAAAGCAAGUCUUUGGUGCUGUGCUCUCUGAGGGCCCCACCCAGGGGUCUUUGGAUGCAAGCUUCCAGCACCGAAACGAGAUGGCAUACAUCAAGGAGCUGGGGGCCACGGUGAAGCGUCUUGCCGGAAGCGUACCGGACGGUGUGCUCUUGGCCUUCUCGUCCUAUGGCAUGAAGGACAGCAUCCUUGAGUCUUGGCGCCAGCUGGGCCUCCUUGAGGAGAUUGCGCGAGAAAAGCCUGUCUUCGAGGAGCCCAAGGUGAAGGGUUGA